AGCAAAGCCACAACACGUGUCUCUUGAGCUCUCAGGACGGAGAGCAGGCUGAGUCACUCGUGAACUGGUUGGAUGGAGAUCUGUGCCCCGACCUUUGACCCCAGCUCACGCCUCUUCCCCAGCUGUGUUCCCCGGGCACCGCAAAGGUUCUAAGAUGUCCGCCCAGCUGCGUAACCCGCUGUACUCGUCCUUCCUGCGCCGCGCGGGCGAGCUGCACCGUGCCGGCGCUCUCUGCGACGCCACGGUGACGGUGGACGGACAGGAGUUCCCCGCGCACAGCCUGGUGCUGGCCUGCGCCAGCAGGACGCUGGAGCGUCAGUUGACCGUCGCCCAGGACGGCCGCGACGCUCGCCGCCGCCUACACUGCACCGUGCCCCUCCUCUCCGCCCGCACCUUCCGCCAGGUUCUGGACUACGCCUACGCCCAGGCGCUGGAGGUCCCCAUGGAUGACCUGCCGGAGCUCCUGGGGGCCGCCCGGGUGCUGGAGAUGGAGGAGCUGGGGAGGCAGUGCCUGGCCUGGCUGAAGAUGGAGGAUCCCGAGGCAGGCGGUGGACGGGACGCACGGAGGUCGUCGGGCACGGCCGGGGAGGAACCCCGAUCCCCGGAGCCCUCCCCGGAGCCGUCGCCUGGCAGUGCUGACCUCGCUGACUCCCCCCCAUACGACCCCUCCCCCAGCAGAGAGUGUGAGCCCGACGACUCUCCACGCACACUGCACAGAGUCAGCGUCAUCGCCAGCGCCUCCGCCCCCUCCCCCAGGCCCUCCAAACUGGGGUGGAGUGAGGGAGUGACCCGGCCGGCCGUCCGCCCCAUCCAGGCCUCCAGUCCCUUACUGGCCUACACCUUCCCCUUCUCCAUACCCGGGUACCCCCUCUGUCCUCCGCAGGCCCUCCCCCAAGUCCACGACUCCAUUUUCAGCUACGCCAGGCUGCUCCACCCGUUCCACCACAGCUUCCUGCAAGCGCCGCAGAAGUUGGCCGCUUCCAUGAAGCAUGGCCCCCUGGGAAGGAAGGCGUCAGUGGACGCCGUACUGAUGGACGCCGUGGUGGACAGAGCAGAGAGGAAGCAUGACGGAGCUGCAGACAGGGUCUUCUUCUGCCUGUACUGCCACAGGGAGGUAAUGGACACCCAAGGACUGCAGAGACACGCGGUCACUUCCUCAGACCCUGCGGAGCCCCCAUUUUGUCCGUCCUGUGGAAAACAGCAGUUGGUUCGCGGCACCCCCACGCCCCCCCAAGCCCGCAGGUGGGUCCACCUGUGCUCAGAUUGUGGCCGGUCCUUCGCCAGCAGCACGGCACUGCGCCGUCACCAGCGCCAGCACACAGGGGAGGUCUCGCUGGGCUGUGAGUCCUGCGACCGCUGCUUCAGGGACGAGAGCUCGCUGCGUUCUCAUCGCCGGAUCCACAGCGGAGAGAAGCCCUUCCAGUGCCCGUGCUGCCCCAAGAGAUUCAGCCUCAAGCACCAACUGGACACCCACUACAGGGUGCACACUGGCGAGAAGCCAUUCGAGUGCCGCUUGUGCAGCCAGCGUUCCCGGGACUACUCGGCCAUGAUCAAGCACCUCCGCACACACGGGGGGGCCACCCCUUACCAGUGCACCAUCUGCCUGGAGUUCUGCAGCAGCCUGGCUGCCAUGCAGAAGCACGUCAAGUCCCACCCCGUCCAGGACUUCCCACCCGACUGGAGCAUCAGCAGCACCUACCUGUACACCUCCCACAGCUGAGCCCUGCAUGCAGACUCACACAGCCCCCCCC